GUGGCGGUGCUCGCUGCCUCUGGCGCGAUUGGGGAUGCGCGAUUGAGGGGCUCAAGAGAAGUGACGGGGCCACGCAGAUGCGCGGGGGCAAAUCUGGUUGUCGUCGGAGACCUCGCAAUUCUCCACGACGCGGCGUCGCUUGCUGCUGUCUCGGACGUGGCAGUGUUGUUCUUGUACGUCGUGGCGCUGGGCCUGGAC